AUGGACGCCUUGGCACAUCAAAGUGUUCGAAUAACGAAAUUCGAGGCGCUGCCGGAUGAUGCAAAAACAGGCAACCUUCUUAUGGUCAUGUACUCAGCCCUCUUCCGACGUGGAAAGAAAGGGGAAAUGGACAUUCAAAUCCAGAAGGCUGUCAUUCUGGUCCAUGUGACUGUUGACGAAAAUACUAAUAGCAACAGCACUCCACCGAAUACUCGUGAGAGGGAGGACAUUAAGGAAGAAGCUUUGCACAAGUUGAUUGAAGGAAAGAAAAAGAAUAUCGUUUGGGGAAUCAAAAUCAUAUAA